GGGUGUCGAUAUCUGUGUUAGUGGUGUCCUGGUAUCAUUGGCGAGAAAAGCGAUCCGGCGUAGGGCUGGGUGAGCUGAUCAAGAUGGGCUGCUCCGUAGCCGGGCGGUUCUCCACCCCGGCGUCCCUGAACCAACUAAUCGGCCUGGAUGCUGCCUAGCCUCAGCUUCAGCUGCAGCGAGAAAGGCAAAAGUGGCAGGCACCUCCGAACUCUGUACCUCUGCCUCGUACUCUGUCAAUGGCAGGCCAGCAAGGGGCGUCGCGAGACACGGACGAGCUUUGCUGCAUGGGGCUGGUUGGUGGAGAUGGACGUGGUUGGACUCCUUGACUUCCGGCUGGCCUAUGAACAGGCACUUGCUGAAUCAGGAGGGCGGGCGGCCAGAGCAUAUUGCGAGUCAGGAAAGACGCUAGCGGCUGGCACGUGCCGCGAAGCCAACUGGCACUAGACUAGUGGCAGCAUCAAGAAUUGAGUCUCUCGAUACUCUGGAUUU